CGUGUGAGUGUGGUUGUGGUGGUGGCGGCACCAUCGUGCGUUUUGACAUUUUGUGUUGGGCGACAGCGAGAGAAAAUUGGACGUCCAACUUUGGUGAAGAAUAACUUCACGCUCUUCCGGCAGAUAGCAUCAGAAAUUUGCAGUGAGGUGUCGAUUGCAUGCGUGUAAAGCGGAGACAGUGCGGAAGCAGCUGUUGCAUUUCGUUGAAUCUAGUGCUUGAAGGCCAUGGAGAAUAGCGGGCAAAGUAGCUCUCCGCCGGUAGAAAACAUGGAGAAUGGAUGCCAAGAAUCAUUGGACCAAUCCCGCAAGGACUAUAUAGCGCUAGGGCACAGCUCUUUCAAUGGCUGUUGUCGGCUAUGUUUGAAAGGAAAUUGCCAUCUACAGAAACUUUUCCCUGGCGGAUACACUGAGGAUGUGCUUAUAAGUAAAAUCUUCGAGUGUACCACUGUGGAGAUCACGUUUGCUACCGAUCCGGAUGCCCUGAUAUGUUAUAGCUGUGUAGCGAAAAUAGAAGAGUUCCAUCGCUAUAGAGAACAGUGCCGCAGUAAUGAUGUACGGCACAAGAUUUCCCUACUGCGGUCGGAAGGCGGCCAAGUUCACACCGCUUCGAAAUCAGCAUUGCUGCCUGCUAAAUACAUCAAGAAGGAAAUAGACUCGGAGGGGUUUGAAAUCAGUGCGGCCGAUUUUUUCCCCAUUGAUACUACGGAGCAGUCCUCAUACGGCACGUUCGAAACAUCUCUGGACGGCGGCCCCAUAGCCAGCGUUGCCGACUCAUCCGUUGCGGUGGUGGACUCGACUAUUCUGAACGAGAAUGGUGUCUUGAACGAUUCCGAUGAAGAUGACGAUGCUAAUGAAAAUUUACUGGAGUUGAUGCCAGAGCGAGCACAUGGCGGAUUUACUAUAUCAUACUCCAACGUAAACGAUGGAUACGAUAAUAAUAAUGAAGUCGUGUGUGAGAUGCCGAUCAAAGAGGAACCGCAAGAUUUCGAUGAAGACGACCCGGCCGGCCCUUGGAAUGAUUAUGGCAUGGACGACGAUGGUUCCAUGGGUCAUCUCAACAGUACCUCUUUGCUGCCGUUGUUGGAGGACUGCCCUUACUCAUCGAACGCCGAGGCAGAGUUGGAAGAGGAGCAGCUUCCAUACCGCGAGGUGUGCAACGAUACCGGGCUGGUGUGCAUAGUGAAGGAUGGGUUCCUGUACGUGCAAAAGAGCAACCGUCGCUGGAAGUGUCGGGUCAAGAGCUGUGCAGCCGAAAUCAUAGAGUGUACCGAUCGCAACGAGCUGCAGACAAAUUGUAUAGAUCACAUGCAUAGUAGAGAAGUGCGAAACACGGCAACCGACGAGGAAAUACUGCAACUACUGGAACACGAAUCUAGCGACGAUGAGCCGUUCCGUUACGUUACGAACGUACGGAACGGAAGUUCCAUCGUCUACAAGGGAUACAAGUACUGCAUGAAGCAUACACGGGUGGAUGGAACGACAUAUUGGAAGUGCAGAGCUUACAAAGGCUGUCAGGCCGCCCUUUGCCAAACGCCGAACAAUGAAUUCACCACAGUUGGAACGCACACGCACGCGAAACAGCCACUGGUCAGCGGGCCAAAUAAGGUGCAGCCGUCGUACGUUACCAGCGUCAGUACCGAAGGCGAGGGUUCGCCGCCAAAGAUUAAACUGCGAAUCGCUCGCCAAACGGACACUGCCACCACAAAUGCGAAAAUAUCACCGGAGGAUACCGACGUGCAGGAUUGCAAGCAGAUCCCAGUCCACAAAAAACAGGUCUUUAAAAGCGGCUACGGACACAAAAUUGUAAAAAAUACCAACGGGCGCACGCGUCUUUACUUCGACGGAAAUCUGUAUGUGCGUGAAUCUUCUCGCAAAGAGGAAUCGGGUGAGGUGGUGGUACAAUGGCGCUGCCGGCGCAACUACGAUAUGUGCGGUGUGAAGGCUGUGCAGCACGAGGACGGGCUGGUGGAGGUGUUGGGCGAACACGACCAUGCUUCAAUUAAGAAAACGUUGCGAAUCCCAGAAAACGCAACCGGAACUACCUCGUACGAAAUGCUUCCCACGGCCAAAGGUGGCGAGACAAUGAUGCUCGACGGGUAUCGUUACGUGAAUGCCUACUGCCGACCGAACGGUAUGAGUCUGUGGCGUUGUGUGGGAUGGGGUGGUGUCAUCUGCCGCGCAAAGGUCAUCAUGACGAGCGACGGAAUGGCGUACGUCGACCGGAGUGCAACGCACCUGCACGGAAAGCCGGACCAUAUCAAACAUGUGUUUCCAAAGAUGGUGGAAAACACCCUUCCCAGCAGGACAAGAGCUCCAAAAAUAGAUGAAGGUGGCGUGGAGAGUAAAGCAUACCCCGCGACAGACACCGUCUGCAAAUCGGACAAAACAUCGUCCCGCAAGACGUUUGACGAGUGUUUGAGUGUUGCCGCUACGCCUGCUGUAGCUACUGCUACUCCAAGCAAAACGGCCAAAGCAACGUCCAAAUCGCAACCUACGCGCAACUACCGCGUGAUCAAGAACAAGAAAGGCAACAAAGCGCUGGUACACGCCGGCUACCGGUACUGUAGGGUUCGAACGCGGCAAGACGGCAGUGUCAGCUGGGUGUGCAAGAUUAACAAAAAAACGUGCCGUGUCGCGUUGUUCGAGCAUCCGGACGGGCGAUUGGAGUGGACCAACCACAGACGCCACAACCAUGGCCCCACCGAUCCAAUCGAUCCGCCCAAAAAAGCACCACCACCGCCAUCACCACCGGCACCAUCGCCUAAGGGCAAGAGAACUGCAUACCAUAUCAACGACGAUACGUUUGUAAACAACGAGUGGUUCUUUGUGCGCAAUCACAAAAAUGGCACCACGCUCAUCCACGCCGGCUACCGAUAUACCAAAAAAGGGAAGCGCGUUAACGACACUUCGCUGUGGCGUUGCGCCCAAACGUACCACGGUUGCCGUGCCGCCAUUGUGCUGCAUCCCGAUGAGACGAUCGCCAAGUUCGAUGAUAUCGAUCACACUCAUCCUCCGCCCAACACGGCCAUGGAAGCGAUGGAGGUGAUCGUCGGUGACCCGGAUGAAGGUAUGGAGCAAAGCAAUGCGAGCUCUAUCGGUAAUGAUGCCGAGCCCGAGGAACCUGAACCUGAGCCUGAACCUGAACUUGAGCCUGAGCCGGACAUGAGUUUUGCUCACUUUAACGGAUGCAUUGAGGAGCAGGAUGAUCCGGAAGCUAAUAUGCGAUCGCUGCUAAACACCAUGCUGCUGGAUGUGUCGGACGAAGCGGCGAAUCGAUCGCUUGAAAAGGUGGUGAUUCCUGCAGCGAAAGCGAAUUACAAAUACGUCACCAACCGCCGGAACACGAAGAGUUUGGUCUUCCGGGGAUAUCGCUAUGCCCGCUCUAGUAUGGGAGUUCGCGCCGACGGAUCCGUGCGAUGGACCUGCCAGAUGAAUAAAAAAACGUGCCGUGUGUCCGUGCGCAUAUUGCAGGACGGAAGCAUCGAAAUGAAUGGCCAGAAGCACAACCAUCCACAGCUACCGGAGGAUAGAGAAACGAGCGCUAUUGAUUACGAUGACGAAGCAUCAAAUGCAUCAAUCGGCAACGAUGACAAUAAUCCGGCUAACGAGAGCGAUGUCAACGAAGAGGAGGAAGAAACACAUUAUUUCGCCCUAAACCGUAGCAAUGGCAAGAGCCUAAUCUACCAGCGCAACCGGUUCAGCCGAGAAAAUGUUCGCCCCGACGGAUCGAUCGUUUGGCGCUGCAUGAUGCGCAGCGAUUGUUUGGCAAAAGUGCUCCUGCUGCGCAACAAUACCUGCGUUCCGUACCGGGAUGCAGCUCAUAAUCAUCCGCCCUUGGAUGUGCUACCGAAACCGUUACAGUAUCCAGAAAAGUGGGACACCCCUAAGUUGAUCGUGAAGGGUGACAUGCUUGUCUACAAACAAAAUCGUAUGAAGAAAGACAAAUCCUUCUCCGACGGGACCGCUUUGUUUAAAUGCACGGAAGUGGUCGGUUGUAAGGGGAUUGUGAAAAUUCGGUACGAAGAAACGGACGGUGAAGCGUCCUUGCCGGUUGUGGUUUUUGAUUCGGCUCACAACCAUCCCGGUAUCCUUGUUCCUGAUGCUGCCGAUACUGUAAGUGCUAUCGCGAGCGGUACAGAACCUGCCAGCGGUAAAAACAAACGGAAAAGUCCUGUGAAGCUGCUAAAAUAUUCUCCCACCAACGAUGCUGACAGUGAGAAGGAAUACCAGCUGUUUAAAAAUGAUCGCGGCCAAGUGUCGCUGGUUUACGCGGGUUAUCGGUUUUCGCUGCGCAAUCUAAACGCGAAGGGCGAUUCCAGUUGGAAAUGUCGCGCCAAUAAAAUGUGCAGUGCCUUCGUAUCCUUCACCAAGGACGGGCACGUUAUACCGAACGCGGGCGAGGGUGAACCGAAAGUGAUGCCCCACAAUCAUCCCAUCAACGGGGAGUACAUUGAGCGAGCCGAGCCGUUGGAGUUGGAUCAGCUUCAUCCGCCUGCCCACAAUUUGUGCCAAUUUGUAUCGAAUUGGGUAAAGGGUUUGUAUAAAGGCGAGCUUGGUGGGAAGGCGAAAACGUCUCCGAAGUCUACGGCUUCACACCAUAAGAACAACGAGCGAAAAAAUACCAUCUACCACAACAACUAUUCCUACCGAUUGCAGACCACGAAGAACGGGCGCGAAUUUUGGCGCUGCACAAUGUUUAAAGCACGGGCCUGCCGGGCGGGUUUAUUCUGCACCAACAAUGGCACCAUCAUACAGUACGAAAAUGGACGUCAGCACAAUCACGAUCCGGCCAAACAGUUGACGGCGUCGAUUGUGCAGCAAAGUAAUGUUAGCCCUCGCAAAUCUCACCUUUCCGGUGGUGCCAAAGGAAAGCCAACCGAUGGCGCACAUUCUCCGCUUCAAGCAGUACAGAAACCGAUCAAACGAAGCCAGAGUACGGUACCGUUUGAACAGUCCGCGGAUGAAGCAGCGGCUACACCUUCGCCAUCGUAUCUGAUCGUUAAUCGGGAUGGCAUUGACACGCUGCACUACGAACGCCAUCGAUAUGCUGUGAGCUUUAGUCAGCGGGAAGAUGCUAGCGACGGCCAAGAGCCAAAACGGUGGCGCUGCUGCCUAUGGAACAGUCGCCAUCAGUGCCCGGUGGAACUAAUCAUCGCGCCGACGGACGAGAUACAGUUCGUAACCGAUCCCACACACAACCAUCGACCACCGCCGCCCGAAUCCCAAGAAUCGCUCGACCGACAGUCGAUGGUGUCGAGUGCGCCGAAAGGUACGAAAAAAUACGAGUUGCUGGGUCGGUCCCAAAAAACCGUCUUCUACAAGGGACACAAAUUCAACUGGAAGGAGGAACGCAGCGGUUCGGCGUACUACCGGUGCAUGUGCCACGCGUCCCACGACUGCGCCGUAACGGUAAAAAUCGAUGUGAAUGGGCUGUUGUACGAAUGUUCAACCGUGUCGCACAACCACAGUCCAGCGCUCGACACGUCCACGGUUUCCGUCUCACCACCCACAAAACCGUUGACCGAACGGAACAUGGCAUCGCGGCAAACGAGGCUUGAACAGUGCCCUGAAGUAGGAUCUUCCGAUUACAGGUUUGUUCGAUCGUGUCUCGGAAAUUCCAUGAUAUUCGAAGGCCAUCGAUACUGGCUUCACAGCAAACUUUCGUGCGGUCUGAACGUGUACCGAUGUCGGUAUCAAAAGCAAAUGGGUUGCUCCGGGUCCGUGUAUAUGGAUGCGAGCACGAGGCUACUGUAUCACCGGUACGAUGCCGAGCACAGUCAUGAGCCACUCGCGGAAGACGCUGUAGCAGGCAUUGAGCAUGACACUACCAACACCAGCACGUUGAAUGUGUCCGAACUCAACAACAGCUGCAACAAUGCUGCGGCGGACACGUUCGACGAGCAAGAUCUCGACACUAGCAGUAGCAAUAACAACAACCUGCACACGGCCUCCGCCGUCGUUCCCAAGAGGGAGGUGAUCAUUACGCACGACUACUCCUUUAUGAAGGAUUCCUUAAACAAGAACCAACUCUUUUACGAACACUACGUGUACGAGAUGGUUCCUUUGCAGUAUCGAAAAAAUGGCGACAAGUUUUACAGCUGCCUGUUUGCCGGUUGCUCCGCUUCGGUGAAGCUGCUCGCUUCCGGGGGCCUCGACAUAUCGAAUCCCAUCGAUCACGCACACGACCGGCCCGAUCUUACCGAUUACCGUGACGUUGGGCGGGGAUCGUCCGACUUCGUGACGCUCUUACCGAGUACCGCUCCUGGCAGAAAACCUACGAUAAGGUUUGAAGGCUAUCAGUACUGUGCUUCGGCUGACUCUCAACCUCUACAGGACGCUACAAAAGUGUUCCACUGUCGGGAGAAGAAUCGUGCCACUGGCCGCUGCACUGCGAAACUGGAAAUGUUGCCCAAUGGACGUGUUAUCGUCACCGGUACACACCACCAUCCGAAGCCCGAGGACGGUGAGGACUCCAAGGAAACAGCUCAGUCUAAGAUAAUGGUAUUGGGUGGACGGUCUUACGCGUACCUCGAAACGCAACCCGACGACACAAGCGUAUGGCAGUGUACGGAUGAUCCCAAUUGCAUGGCCAAAGUGUACAAGAAACCGGAUGGCAAACUGGUGUACGGUAAGACCAAACAUGUGCUAAGACAUCUCAUGCCGAAGCUGGCGAACCACCCGGCAUCAUCUAUCGGACCGAAAUUGACCGUGCCCACUUCUACUGCUGCUUCGUUGAGUGCCUCGAUCAUCGUCACCAGCACCGUGCCUCGCAGUGUUAGCAGCGGUAAUCUGCGAACAAAAUGGUACAAAGGCAAUCGGUACAACUUUUAUCUCACUCGUCGCGAUGGAGUGCAGUACUGGCGUUGCUGCAAACGGAUGGAGAAUAAGUGCGAGGCCGGAAUCUUGUGUUACCCGAGUGGCACAAUAGCGCCAUCGAAUCAAUGGCCCCAUUCGCACACACCGCUAAACCCUUCCGCGGUCAGUCCGACUGCACCAGACCGGCAAGAUAAAGCAGCGGCAGCAGCAGCAUACACGGUAAAGCAGCGGCCAGUAAACGACAGCAUACCGGACGCGAAAGUGCGAACGCACCAUUCGAUAGCCAGUUCGCCGGAUGCAAGCGAUUUGUUCAUUUGGCAUAACGGAGUUCAAUAUUCACUGCGACACCGGCGCCCGGAUGGCAUACGCAUUUACCGGUGUCGCAACAAACCGUGCACGCACAGUCUGGUGGUGUCGAAGCAUGGGAAAAUAAUUUCCAAAAAUCCAUCGUGGCACAACUGCGAAAGCCGGAACAGCAGCGAAGAGAGCAAAGGGCGAGAACUGGUGCCUUGGAGCAACAGCGCUACUAGUGGGUUGGGUUUCGACAAGCCGGAAAUAGAAGAUCCCGACGAUUUGGACGACCACAACGGUAGCGCCGAUAUCCAGCCAAUCGUAAAACGCAUUCGGUUGGGAAGCACCAGCAUGGAAAUGGCUCCGGACAAUAGCUACCAGCCAGCAUCGGAAGCAAUCCUACAAACGGCAGUGGACAGCUUGCCCAAUCUCGACACUGAAACGGACGCGGAACGAGAGGAGGAACCAGUCGAGGAAAGCCAUGGGGGGCUACUGCCCACGGGUGAUUUCAUGGGUGGGCAUGGUUCGGCCAACAGCACCUGGGGCGAAUCAGAAUACAUAGUGCAUGAGUUCAAAAGCGUCGAUGCGAACGAAGCCGAUAAUGAUUUGGAAGCGGAAGAUCGACCGGAGGAGGAGGGUGUUGAUCGGGAGGAACCCUUUGAAGAGUUGACUGUGUCAGAGUCGUUUGGUGGAAGUUUGACGUGCCACGAUGCCAGUAAUUUGUAAGACAGGAAAACAGGUAAAUGUUUGUGUGCAAGCCACGUUAGUAUCAAGCUUAUCUGGCUCUUUGUUCCUCCUCCAGAAUGCCCCACAGAUCAACGCCCAUGGUGUUGUGUUGUCGCUUAAACGAGAUGGAAUUUAUUUGUAAUUAAUCUGCAAGCUGUUUUGCAGAACAUUAUGAGAGGACAAGAUUGUGCUCACGACCACUGUUUACAUCAAUUGAGGGUAGCAUUAGGAAAAAUACGUUAAAGUUUUAAUCGUGUUAAACGCAUUGCACAUUGUGUAUUUGAUGUGAGGAUGUGCUUGUAUGUGCAUCGUGUUGCUACACCCGAACGACUACUACUUAUAAAAGCAUUGUUUCUUAAGUUUUUUUUCAUUUCCUUUGUAUUUUAUGUCCUGGAAAAAUGCAACUCUGUAUAUAGUUCGAACGCGUGUUACUGUGAAAUGAAUAAAACAUACUUUACUAGAA